AUGGCUGAGGCCAUAGAAAAGAAAGUUAUGGACUCUUUUAUAAUAUGGGGCUCCUGUCUAUUGUUGCCUAGACUAGGAGGUAUUGGCUGUCAUUCCAUCUCGAGUGAUAGUAAUGGUGAAAAUCAAUGUACAGACAAAAGUUUGAAGAUCUUCUGGAAAGGAAUUUAUGAGCGGAGUGAAGGUUUGAUGCCAUUUCAUGUGUUAUCUCUUAUUUACUAUUAUAUGAAUGAUCGUCAAACUCUUACAAAACAGAUGUAG